CUCUGCUUCCCAUUAAACUCAAAACUUCAAACGCAAUGGCAACCAUUCAUCUAACUCUAGCUCCUCUCCUCAUCCUCGCCGCUGUCUUCCUCUCCACGGAGAUAACUGCUCAGCCCGCUGCUCCAGCUCCUGGUCCUGCCGCUCCGACCAACAUCACGGCGAUCCUUGAAAAAGGCGGUCAAUUCGCUACUUUUAUCCAUCUUUUAAACACAACACGAGUCGGAAACCAAAUCAACAUCCAAGUCAACAGCUCAUCAGAAGGCAUGACCGUGUUUGCACCAACAGACAACGCUUUCCAAAACCUUAAACCGGGAACCCUAAACAAACUAAGCUACGACGACCAAGUCAAACUCAUUCUUUACCAUGUUAGUCCCAAGUUCUACACAUUGGAUGAUCUUCUCUCCGUAAGUAACCCGGUAAGGACUCAAGCUUCAGGACGAGACGGCGCGGUAUAUGGACUUAAUUUCACCAGUCAAGGGAACCAAGUCAACGUUUCAACCGGUUUCGUUGAAACACGUGUCAGUAAUGCAUUAAGAAAAGAACGUCCUCUUGCGGUUUACGUGGUGGACAUGGUAUUGUUGCCGGAGGAGAUGUUUGGAGAAAACAAGGUCUCACCAGCUGCACCUGGUCCAAAAUCAAAUUCUCCUGAUGUCUCCGAUGACCAAGAGAAAGCAGGGGCUCCAUCGGAUAAGUCUGGCUGCGGUGAGAUGAAGGCUGGAUUAGGGUUGGCUCUUGGACUUGUUUUCUUAUGUUUGAAACUCGUCGUUUGAUUUGGGUUUCUAUAUGUUUUUUUUCUUAAUUUGUUUUUA